AAAAAUUUGAAUCAUACGGUGAGUUCUUGGGGAUGCUCAAUUUUGCUUGAUGCAGCUAUAACCGAGUUUGCUUAAGUUAGCUCAUGAGUACAUCAAGGCAUCUUUGAUUUGUGACAUUGUUCUUGAUGGCUCGGCUUUAAUGGUCAUCAUUGAAUAAAUAAACAAUAGCUGGAGGAAAGGAUGAAAGCAGCUUUAAUCCAGUGAAAGAUGAUUCCAGUGUUCAAUUUUGCUCCCAGCAGGAGGGGUGUCCCAAUAUCUUGCUAUUUGUAUGGCAAUUCACCAAUUCAAGGGUCAGACAAGAGGAGUAGCUUAUGGACUUCCUUUUGCAGCUUAGGCAUAGCCGAAAAUGCAAACCUCAGGAUAUCAAUUCUCACCAAGUAGUGUUCCUUCUUGUAGGAAAACAAUGACAGGAGUUUUCACAACACGUUUUACAGAUAAACGGGUGGAUGGCAACAACUAGAGUACUUCUGCUUGGAAGAGUCUACAGACAGAAGCAUCUUUGUUCUUCGACGUCAGUAAUGCCACAGAUUCACCAGCCACAACAAUCUCAAAGGAUUACAGGGAAGCAGAUCACUCCUUGCCAAUUGCCAUGUCCUGCUGCAGUCUUGGUCAUUUAUACUGGACAGUCUCUUCUGGUCAUGUCCACAUAGAAAUACUUUUGAAUUAUGGAUACUGAUCCUUAGAUUGAAUGAGAUUAAGGUGCUAAUCAUCAUGCUUUCUUAUAGACCAAGUAGGUGGGAGUCCAAGACUCUGAAUUGAAAAUUUUAUUCAAGACACCAUAUUGAAUUUUUGACAAUUAUAUUAAUAAAAAUAAAAAUUUUAA